AUGUCCUUGCCCCAGAUCCAAUCCAAAACGGCACUGGUGGUGCCAUCAACUGCGGAUACUUUCGUGCGGAACCUCCUUGAAAAACACGGCGUUCCUCCUCAAAACGCCUCCAUAAUCGCGAAAUGCCUUGUCGAAGCCGACCUGCGCGGCGUCGACAGCCAUGGCAUAAAUCGGAUACCUUCAUACCUCACCCGAAUCCGACAGGGUGUACUGAACCCCACCGCAAUCCCCUCCUUGAAACAAAUCACACCCGUCGUUGCCCAAGUAGAUGGGCAUAACGGGUUUGGUUUCGUCGCCGCACACGCUGCCAUGGACCAUGCAAUUGCCAUGGGGAAGGAAUAUGGCAUUGGUAUGGUAUCUGUCACGCACUCGAACCACUUUGGCAUGUCAGCCUCGUUUGUCCGGCAGGCAGUGGAUGCGGAUAUGAUGAGCCUUGUCUUUACGAACUCCUCGCCUGCGCUUCCUGCAUGGGGCGGGAAGGAGAAACUAUUGGGCGUCUCACCUAUCGCAUGUGGAGCGCCCGCCGGCGCAUCUGGGGUGCCGUUCAUCCUUGAUAUGUCCCCGUCGGUUGCUGCUAGGGGCAAAAUAUACAAAGCGCGAAGAAGGGGCGAGCAGAUUCCGGAGGGCUGGGCAUUAGACGAAAAUGGCGCGCAGACUACGGAUCCUGUUGCGGCGUUGGGAGGGGUGAUGUUACCAAUGGGCGGGCCUAAAGGGUCAGCGUUGGCGAUUAUGAUGGAUGUUUUUUCAGGAGUUUUGUCUGGCUCUGCUUUUGCGGGACAUGUUACUGGUCCGUAUGACCCAUCGAAGGAAGCUGAUGUGGGGCAUUUCAUUGUGGCCAUUAAACCUGACCUGUUUAUGGAAUUGGAGGAGUUUAAAUCGCGGAUGGAUUACUUGUACCAGAGGGUCGUCGGCGGGGAGAGGAUGAAAGGUGUCGAUAGGAUCUACUAUCCGGGCGAAAUUGAGCUGUUAACAGCGCAGAGAAGGAGGGAAGAGGGGAUCCCAUAUGUGCAAGCGGAAAUUGAGGCGUUGAAUCGUGAAGCAGAUAUGAUUGGAGUUGCACGUUUAGAAGUGCUAUGA